UGCAGGUAGAGGAAGUAGGCGACUGAUGUAACUCUGGGUAAUGCGACAUCUCUAGUCUGAAGGCGAUCGUUACCGGAGCCAUGGCUUCUCUGGGACUGAUGCUUCCGUUGCUUGCCGCCAUACAGCUGUCGGGGGUCUGCGGAUGGAAUCAGCAUGAGCGUGUUUUGCUGAGGGAGGUCCAGGCUAUCACAUUAUAUGCUGACAGAUACACCAAUGCACGGCGUGCAGCUCCUAUUCCACAGCUAAAAUGCAUUGGAGGUAGCGCUGGCUGUAGCGCCAUGAUACCGCACGUGGUGCAGUGUCACAACAGAGGAUGGGAUGGCAUCGAUGUCCAGUGGGAAUGCAAGGUGGACAUGGACAACUCUUACAGAUUUGGAAAGGUUGAAGUAAGCUGUGAGGGCUUUGAUUAUCCUGAAGAUCCAUACAUCCUUCGUGGCUCUUGUGGGCUGGAGUACACUCUGGAACUAACAGAGGAAGGAAGGAAGGGAUCUCAAAGUGGCUACAGUUCAACAGGAUUUGGCUCUGGCUUUUUCCAAGGGAAAUCAAAAAGCUGGAACGCUGAGCAUUCUUCUGAUGGCAGUGGGGUCAUUGUCUUUUUGUUCCUCCUGGGGCUAGCUUAUGGUGUGUACAAGUUAUUUUUGAGUGGUCCUUCAAGUCAGCAACAGCAUCCUCAACCUGAUAAUUAUGGACCUGAACAUCAAAGCAACAGCCAAACUAGCGCACCUCCGCCUCCAGGUUUCAAGUCAGACUUUACUGGUGCUUCAUCUGGAUUCGGUAACUUUGGAGGUGCUUCAUCUGGAUUCAGUAACUUUGGAGGGGCAUCAUCCUUUGGUAGCCAUGCAAACCAACGUCCUGGUUUUUGGACUGGUUUGGGAACUGGAGGUAUCCUUGGUUACCUGUUUGGCAAUCGACAGUCUAGUACACAUUACUCACCAUAUACACCUAAUCACAACACGUGGAGUGGGUCUUCAUUCCAUGGCUCGUCAGCCCGCAGCUCUGGUGUCAGAACAGCAUCAGGUUUCGGAGGUACAAAACGGAGAUAAAUGACUAAAGAACAUUCCACAUAUGAAGAAGAAUGGGAUGAAGAGAGAGAGAAUAAUAAACCUGUGUGUCAGGAAGAUUUACACAGCGGGUGUUUGUAGCUUUGUGUGAUGGAUGAUUUUAAUGACAUUGUAUGGGGUGUCUUUUUUUCUUGUUUGUACUGUGAAGUAGAGGAGCAUAUACAUAAGAACCUACCUGCUGACCGCAUACCUACUAUUGAACAUACAGGAACAUGCGUACAUUUCUGCAUAAAACACUGGAGUCUUUCUGGACUGGAACUUUCUGGAGUCAUGAUGAAUACAUUGCAGAACUAGGUCAUCUUCAGAUGAAUAUGAGAUCCAAGUCUAUGAAUACUGUAACCCUCAUUAAAAGGCAUCUAUUCUCAUGACUUUGUUGCACCAUUCCUUUAUUAUUCCUUCUGGAAGUUAUGAAUACAUUAGUAGCAGUUUGCAGUGAAAGUCCAGUUGGGUAUUACUAGUUGGGGAAGUGUCCCUACACAGACUGACACUAGCAGCACUAAAUUGGAUAGUAGUAGACUGUGCAGGGACACACCCAUCUGGACCUCCACUGCAAACUGACAGUAAUUAAUUCAUAAAUUCUAGCAGGAAUAAUAAAGGAAUGGCCGAACACAGAGUCUUAAGAAUAGAUGCUUAAACAAUGAGCAGGGGGUAAUGUAACAUAAAAAAAACUUUCUCACCUCUGUAGCUUCAGUCCUAGCUGAUCCUGUAGCAAUGAUUUCACGUCAGUGGUUCACAUGACCACUGCAGCCAGUCACUGGCCUCAGUGGUCAUGCGCUGUUCACGCAUAAGUGGUGCCUGAGGUCAGUGAUUUGCUGCAGCAGUCACGUGAAUGUUGCAGGUCCAGUAGGAACUGGAGCAGUGUUUUUUUUUAAAAGGUGAGUAAUUGAUUUAGUUUAUUUUAUACUGUAACUUUUAAAAACAAUCUUGGAAAACCCCUUUAAAGGGAACCUGUCAUUAACGUUAUGCUGCCCAUACUAACGGCAGUAUAAAGUAGAGACAGGCAGGAUGAUUUCAGUGGUCUGUUAUUUAAAACUUAAAAGUAAAUAGUUGCCGA